ACAAGUGUGUGAGCCAUACUAUUUUGGCUUCAGUACAUUUUCUUACUUCAUUUUUUAUGUGCACUUGCGAAAUGUGGUGAUUUGAAAUGAUGUACUUUUGUGCAAACCUCUACGUUAGUAAUUCACUUCAAUAUGAGGCAGUCUACAUAUUUCUCAAGUCAAGUAGUUAUAUCCCUUAAGGUCACAGGGAUUGUAGGUUGGAUUUCAGAAACUUAUUGUGAUAGCUACUUCCGAACGUUAGCUCUGAACAGGCGAAUUCAUUUGAACUUAAGCGUUCAAGUUGUAAAGAGAGUUUUGUCAGUGUGUCCGUCGUAACAGAUAUAGGUACGUAUUGCAAGAAAGUUGGUGGUAUGGUCAAAACCUUGUAACCUUAUUAGCAUUAUUAUGAUGUAUUUUGGGAUAAAAUUUAACGCUGUGUUUUAAUCUGACUUCAAAUCAUAUGGCUGUCAAUGUUUUGACACUCUGCGAUAUCAUCUAGUCAAAGAAGAAGGGUCUCAGUCUUGAUGAAAAGCGCCAGAGGAUGCUAGAUUUCUUUUAUGAGAAAAAAGAUUUCUUUCAGCUGAAAGAAUUAGAGAGGCUUUGUCAAAAAGAAAAAGGAAUUAACUCUAUGUCUGUGAAAGAUGUUUUAAUGAGUCUUGUUCACGAUGGCUUAGUUGAUACUGAAAAGAUAGGAACCAGUGUUUACUUUUGGUCAUUUCCCAGCAAAGCUGCACAAAAGCUUAAAAUUAGUAUCGAGAAGUUAAAGGAAAAUAUAGAAACUACACGCAACCAACUUUCAAAAACAAUGAAAGCACUGGAUGAAGCUUCAAGCAAAAGAGAAGAUACAGAAGAGAGGAGACAAGUUAUUAAUGAGCUCGUUGAGAAGAAAGGGUUACUUGAAUCUCUUAGUGUAGAGCUUCAGGACCUAAGGCGAUAUGACCCUGAUCGCUUACAAGAACUAAAACAGCAACAGCUUACAGCACUGGAUGCUGCUAAUCGUUGGACAGACAAUAUAUUUGUGAUCAAAUCAUGGUUGAAUAACAAAUUUUCAAUUGACGAAGCUACUUUUUGUCGCCAGUUCGAAAUACCUGAAAACUUUGAUUAUCUAACUUAGAUACUAGACAAUAUAUAAAUGUAUGUGUUAAUAUAUGUUGUUUCGUCUAUAUAUAUGCUCUAGGAGUUGUGUUGAUAU